AUGGGAAAUUGUUUUGCGAUUUGUUUCGAAAAAAAAGAAACUUUUUCAGACACAUGUCUUGGUGAAAAAAGUGAAAAAAGUUUAUCGACAGCAGACAUAAGGUCGGAGAAGUCGGAGAAAGUUAGAAACAGUAUGCCCAGGGUUCAAUCAAAAGUAUGGAGGCGGAAGAAGAAUCCACGUGUGGCGCCGCUGAUCAGAUCAACGCGGAGGAGUAAUGAUGACAGCAUUGGUGAUACUAACAGCAGCAAACUGACACUUCAGGGAAGCUGUACACAUUUUCUUGAUCCGGUGUCUGGGUCAUCAGAGAGUAUAAUUAAGUCCGUUAGUGACAUUUUUGAAAUAAGCCGCCUCAAUAUUAAAAGAAAGAAAGACCUGAGCAGCCGCCGCAUCAUCCGUCCGGCUAACAUUAGAAGCAUCAGCAACAGCAGCAGAUCAAGAGAAGGUAAACUGUCUAGUGUCCGUUCAGCAAGCUACGAGGAUUCCAGCCGGACAUCGUCAGUAAGUAAUUCAGUGCAAUCAACAUCACUGAGUGUCAAGAUAGAGCAGCCAGAAGGUAAAACUCAAGGAAGGCUUAUUAUAGUUCAACCAUGCAGCAGUUUAACACCAAGCUCAUAUGACAGCUUAAGCUCUGAGAAUUUUCCCAACUGGAUUUACCCUGGUAAAGUCCGUUCAUUAUCUGAUUCAAAUUCAUUCGGUUCCUGGUCUGUAAGUCUAGGUCAGUUUGAUGACUACAGCGAAGAAGAAUCCGCUCCAGUACAUCCUUACGAUCCCUAA